CAUUCUUCUUCAUUCACUCACUCUUUGUGUUUGUGUUUGUGUCUGUGUAAGUGAGAAAAACAAAACAAAAGAAAAAAAUGCAGUACAAGAAUGUGGGUCGGUCAGGGCUGAAAGUGAGCCAACUCUCGUACGGAGCAUGGGUGAGCUUCGGAAACCAACUGGAUGUAAAGGAAGCUAAAUCUCUCCUCCAAUGUUGCAAAGACCACGGAGUGAACUUCUUCGACAACGCGGAGGUGUACGCCAAUGGUCGUGCGGAGGAGAUCAUGGGUCAGGCCAUACGAGAGUUGGGUUGGAAGCGGUCCGAUUUGGUGUUGUCGACGAAGAUCUUCUGGGGUGGUCCUGGUCCCAACGACAAGGGUUUGUCUCGGAAGCAUAUUGUGGAAGGGACCAAGGCUUCGCUUAAAAGGCUUGAUACGGAGUAUGUUGAUCUUAUCUAUUGUCAUCGUCCCGAUACUUCCACUCCCAUUGAGGAGACUGUUAGGGCUAUGAAUUAUGUUAUCGAUAAGGGAUGGGCUUUUUAUUGGGGGACUAGUGAGUGGUCCGCUCAGCAGAUCACUGAAGCUUGGGCUGUUGCUCAGAGGUUGGAUCUUGUGGGUCCCAUUGUUGAACAACCUGAGUAUAACUUGCUUUCUCGCCACAAGGUUGAGUCUGAGUUUCUUCCUCUCUACACCAACUAUGGCUUGGGUCUUACCACAUGGAGCCCACUUGCGUCUGGAGUGCUCACCGGAAAAUACAACAAGAAAGUUAUACCAUCUGAUAGCCGCUUUGCAUUGGAAAAUUACAAAAAUCUUGCUAAUCGGUCAUUGGUUGAUGACGUGCUGAAAAAAGUAGAAGGACUAAAGCCAAUUGCAGAUGAGCUCGGUGUGCCAUUAGCUCAACUUGCGAUUGCAUGGUGUGCAACAAAUCCUAAUGUCUCUUCUGUUAUUACUGGAGCAACAAAGGAGUCUCAGAUUCAAGAGAAUAUGAAAGCUAUUGAUGUCAUCCCGCUACUGACUCCUGCUGUGAUGGAGAAGAUUGAGGCUGUAGUUCAAAGCAAGCCAAAGCGUCCAGAUUCAUAUAGGUAAAGCGAUAAUUCACGAGCUCCUCUGUGUUCUGCACAUUCUGCAGCAGACUCCAUUGUUCCAAUAUACUGGAAUGCAAUUCUAUACCUCAACUGUUAGGCCUGAUGCUUAGUUAGUUUCUUAUUUCUUUUCUCGGAACUAUUCUUGUGAUUUCACUGUGUACCUGGUCUUCUCUUUUUCUUUUCCUCUCUUUGGUUUUCUUGAUUUGGGGUGUGGGGAGAUAGUGAGUUCUUGUUUGAAGUACCUACAUGAUUGUUAGUGGCUAUGGAUUUCUAUUGGACAAAUUACAGCGUUGACAUCUAUUAUUUUCCUGUUAAAUUA